AAUAAACAAAACAUCUGCUAUAUGUUAUGAUCAUCAGAUCCUUGUCCGCUGAACGCUAGUCACAAUGAGGUUGGCCGUCAGUUUCGUUCUUGUUUUUGCCUUGGCAUCCAAUGGCAUUGCCACUAAGUUGCAAGCGAGCAAUUUUCUCAGGGUUGAUGGAAAAAACUUCAUGUACGGCGAUGACAUUGUCUAUCUCUCUGGUACCAACGCGGCAUGGAUUCAGUACGGCAACGACUUCGGAAAUGGACAAUGGGAUUCCUCAACAGGGAGUAAGUGGACCAAUGAGAUCAAGCUUAUUGGUGAUUCUGGUGGGAACAGCGUAAGGGUUUGGGUACAUGUGGAAGGCGACAAUAAUCCGCAAUUUAGCGAUGAUGGUUACGUUUUGGGCACAGAUGGCUCUGACACUCUUGUGAGUGAUCUUCGAAAGUUGGCUGAUGUGUGCCAAGACAACGACAUUUUUCUCAUCCCAGUCUUAUGGAAUGGGGCUUUAAUGCGAAAUCAGAACGUCGUGAACUUGUUUUAUGACGAUGCCAAAAUGGAGUCCUACAUUGAUAACGCCCUAACUCCCAUGGUCGAAGGUUUGAAGGACCAUCCAGCCAUUGGAGCUUGGGAGAUAAUGAACGAACCCGAGGGUUCCAUUAGCAUGCUCUCAGACUCUGAGCCAUGUUAUGAUACCACCCAUUUGGAUUGGACUCGAGAAGCCUCUGAGAUUCGAGGUCCUGGGUGGUCCGGAGCCAACCUUAAGUACAACCUUGUCCUGAAGUUCUUGAACGUCCAAGCCUCCGCGAUUCGAAGAGCCGAUUCCAAAGCCUUGAUCACAGUAGGAUCCUGGUCAGAAUGGAGUCAAACCGAUUCUAGCCAAGUCAUGGAUGAUCCUCAACACAAAUAUGGCUUCAAUCACUACAAGGAUGAGUGCUUGAUCAAGGCUGGCGGACAGAGUGACGGGAUCUUGAGUUUCUGGCAGUUCCAUAACUAUCCGUAUAAUAACCAAUGGGAUACUGGAGCGCCCUGGAGUGGUCACCAAGCUAGUGACUACCAAAUGGACGCACCUCUUGUCGUUGGAGAGUUCCCCGUGGAAUCCCUGGAACGCAGUUUACCCAAUGGAGACACUACAGGCGAUUUGGCUAAAUAUGUUUACGAAAAUGGAUUCAAUGGAGGUUGGUCGUGGUGUUUGGGUUGUGACGGCAACGCUCAACAUGAUCAAGAUGUGGCAGAAGGACUCGAAGCGUUGAAAGGCAGAAAUGACCAUGGACAGAUUGAUAUCACGAUUCAAUAAAUGCAAAUAACCC